AUGAGCAUUUCUGCCUUCGAUUCCGCGUCUGUAAUUCCUAUCGCAUGUAGAUUUGUACCUACCGAUCAAUGGCUAGUCACGCAUAUCGGCAAUGCGUGCUCAGUCUCUCAAGUUAAACAGCACCUGCUAUCCAGGCUUCUUCCCCUUCCAUCAAGCCCUGCGCCCGCUCUUAGGCGGCGCCGUAAAGACCGGCCUUUGUCACCAAUCACGUUCUCCUCGCAUAAUCACGGAGAAGGGGAAGACAGCGAUACUUCCCAGGAAGAGACAUUUUCCGAUUCAGACACCCUCGCCGACCCACAGGAUGAUGGGGAAUUCUACAAAUUUAAAUACGAUCCACCUUCGCGUACGACCGGUUCCUCGUCGGCAACCCUUACCACACAGGCUGCGCUUUCGUCAGGGCGUGUACCAUCAACAUCCUCUACACCUGUACGAGCGCAUAUCACCGCUGGCUAUACUUUAGUCGCGUUUUCUACAGGCCAGCUACUCGAAGAUCAUUUCAAUCUCGCAUGGUACACCUUGCGCCCGUAUGAACUGCUGGAGCUGUAUCCGCCUGCCAGCGCUCUUGUUCCCCUCCCGCGACACGCUCUAGACGCGUACAUUCGGCCAUAUUACGAGGCCCACGUGUGGGCGCUCCGUGUCGUCGGUUCAGAGGUCCCUGCCGAGUCGAUCGCAGAGAUUGAGAGGCCGGGAACCAAGGGAAAGGGAAAGGAACGAGAUAGGCGCACAGGCAGUGGAAGUGGGAGCGGCAUCAGCCCGAGCGAUGGAGCCGAGGGACGGGAUAAUCUCAAGGAUGUGCCAGAGCUGCGCAAGAAAGUCGACAAAAGGUUCCGGAAGAAGCUGGAAUGGCGAGAACGGAUGGUCAUAAUACAGAACGGCCUGUUCAGACUCUGUAAAGAUCGCGACGAUCCACGACCGACGCAUGUCGCCCCUCUUUCCGCGCUUCUCUGUCUGCAUAGCGGAGAGAAGCUUGACACGCGUGUCGCGGCUGCUCAUUACCAUCCCGCAUACGCACCGAGCUCCUCUUCCACGUGCUCCACGCCGCUGUCAUCGCCGACUCAUCUUCACGCCUACCCACAUCAUGCCUACUCCGAUCCACAAUCGGCACCUCGCAAGAUUAUUAGUGCAAAGUUUCGUGUUGGACCGCACCCACCACCACACUCGCCCGCUCAUACUGGGCCAAUGAUCCAAUCAACACACGUUACCGCUCAUCAGCGCCCGAGAAGUGAUGGUGACAUCGGAGGAUGGUGGCGGAGAGGCUCGCGAGAUGAGUUGUCUGACCCACAUAAGGGACACGACGAGGCGCCAGUGCAGGAUUUAGGGCGCUCAGAAGCUGGUGAGCGGAUAGGACCCAUUGAGACAGAUAUCGAUAACAAUGGGGACGGCGUGUGGAUUGUUAUGGACAUGCUCAACAAUGCAGCGCAUGACAACCUACUUCGCAUUUUACAUCGCCAUGCGUCACCGAUUUGCACUUCGUCCUUUGUCACUGGGCUGAAGCCUGAGCCUGGAUAUAUGUUCCCGCAAAGCUCAACAUCGC